AUGGAUAGAAGCAUAAAAUUGCUCGAGAUCGCAAGGACAGCUGGAAGCAAUGGGUGCAUACGUGAAGUGGUCCAAGGAAAUGUGGCUCAUAACCCUUGGAGGACCGGUGCCUUUGACUACGCCAUUUCAAUAGCCACGAUCCAUCAUCUUGCUACGCCAGAAAGGAGAAAGUUAGCUGUGCAGCGGCUGAUACAAGCCAUAUCUCCAAACCAUGGCAGGGCGUUGAUCUAUGUCUGGGCGAUCGAGCAGGAUGAGCUGUCGAAAAGAACCAUUCCCGUCGAGGGUGAAGCAAAAACAGGAAGGGAUGUGGUCGUACCUUGGGUUCUGUCCAAGACGCAUUCAGGCGAAGGGUCGCCCAAGGCAGAGCAGGUAUACAAUCGCUAUUACCACAUGUUCGCCAAAGGAGAGCUUCGAGAACUGGUUAUCGCUGCUGCAAGCGAUAUGGGACUUGAGAUCGGGCCCAAACCGACAUCACAAGGCGGACGAGUCGAGGGAGUGGAAAUCGUGCAGGAUGGCUGGGAGAGGUCGAAUUAUUAUGUCGAGUUGCACCGCUGGACGUCUUAG